ACCCCAACCCGCGACCCACCUAACCCUAACCCAGCUCGCACGACUCGCACGGUGGACACCUCUACCCACAGCCUAAGUUUAUUUCACAACUUUUAAGUUUUCAGUACCAGCAUCAUUCCGAUAUCAAACUUCUGCAGUAAUUGAGUAAAGAAAAGCCAGCAAGCUUGGCGUGGUAAAUUAGGCAGAUCUCACACUUAUAGAUACAUGACAUGACUGGUUAGCAUACAUGGAGUAUAUUAUCCUACAUAGUCUUUGAAACUGAUGCCAGAAGCUUCAGCGUUUAUUUUGUGUAUUAAAGCAGGGCCUCUGCCACUUGUCUUACUCUUAUCCAGCAUUCUAUUGUGCUACUCAGCACUGCUCUCAGUUGACAAGUGCUACUUAUUUAUUUAGCCUCGGUUCAUGUAUUGCAAAAUAAAACGCUAGUGCUGCUUACUGUUACUUUGUUAGCUCUCAGCUAUUUGCCCCUUACCUAGGCACCUACCAUAUUAUUCUCUAUUUUUUCUGGAGAUCAUUAUUAGUUAUGUGCCAUUGUGCCAAGGUACAUUUGUCUCAUGACUGUCAUUUGUAUCAAGCUGGCAAAACCUUAUGCUGCUUUUUCUUGCCACUAACCCAAGUCAGGUUGACUUGUGCAAGGUUCCAGUCUGGUAGGGUGCCUUUGCCUUAGCCUCAAAAAAAAAAAAAAAAAAAAAAAAAAAAAAACAAGAGGAAGACCCUAUCUGCUACAGGUUAUAAGCUUUUGAAAGUUGGUAUUUUUCUCAAGAAUGUUACUGGAAGAGUUAUAGACUUAACUGUUCAAAGAGGGCUGGCUUAUAACCUGUUGUGAUCAUUACUCCUAUCAUUUCACUUACAACUUUUUUUGAACCAAUCAUUUCACUUACUUUAUUAUAAUAUACAAAGUACAAAAUAUGAAGUAUAAUAUAUCAUCAUUUUAAAAAUUUGUUAUGAUUAUGAAAUUAAUGACGUAAAUAAUGUGAUCAUAUUGCAUAGUUUUGUUCUUUUGACUGACAGAAUUGUUGCUAACAAGUGUCUUUUAAUUUUGUCAUCAGGAGGAUCCAUUCUUGGUCUAAAGUUUUUUGAUCCCCUUGCUGGACUUCGUGUGUCUGGCAUGAUUUUAAAAGCAGGUCUGGAAACUGGUUACCGUAGUGUUUUAGAGCUGGUUGAUGCUGCGAUUCCACAGCAGAUGUUGGACCGUCAUCAAGAAACGAUUCUACAGGUUGAAGAAGUGAAGGGAUGUCACCACCUGAGGGGAAGAAUGGUUGGCUCGUUUUUGCACCUUGAUGUACACAUAGAGGUUGAUCCUUUCACCAGUGUCAGCGCUGCUCACCAUAUCAGUGAACAUGUUAGGCAGCGAAUCCACGAGUCUCAUCCUGAAGUGGCUGAAGUCUUCAUAGUUCAUACACUUAGAUCCUUCUAUCUCCUUUAAGGACAAAGACUGAGAUCAUAUCAUCACUGAUAUAUUCGCUUCACCCUUUCCGAAGGUCACAAGAGAUUCUGUACAAAUGUCAAGGACACAAAGACAAAAUGCUGAUUUGGAGCGACAUAACAUCUUCCAUACUGAGUGCUUGAUUGGUUCUAAGGUGUGCUCUUUGACAGUGGAUAGCGGUUCUUGCACUAAUGUUGUGAACAGCAAGCUAGUUGAUGAGUUUAAAAAUUGCAAACUCGUGUUCAUGAGCGACCAUUUAAGAUUUUGGGGAUAAGUGAGGGGAAUAGCAUUAAUGUUACAAAACAAGCCGUAGUCAAUUUCGAGUUGGGUGAGUACGAGGAUGCUAUUUGGUGUGAUGUUAUCCCGUUGACCCCUUCUGAUAUCCUUUUGGGGCGUCCAUGGCAAUUUGAUCGAGAGGUUUUGCAUCAUGGGAGAGAGAACAUAUAUUCGGUCAAGUUUGGGAUGAAGCGUUUCAACUUAACCCCUUUACUUCCUAAGGUGUUAUAGUGGUUGGAAACAUGAAACAUAGAGCAUUACUUUGUUUACCCAAAGUCACGAGUUCUAAUCCCUUACCCAACAUUUAUUUUAUUUUUUUUCCAUUUUUUUUUAAUUGAAAAAUGCUAUACAUAGCUCUUAGGGCUACAUAUAA